AUGACUGUACACCCGCACUCAGCCACACCAUCUUCAACCAGACAUGUUAUCCUUGAGAUUAGAAGCAGUUACUCUCGCCCCUCCCCGAGACCGGACACAAACAGUAUGGGUGUGGAUACAGCUCCCAUGAGACAAUCAUCCAACAUCUUGUCUACAGGCGCAAGCGCUUCACCCUGUCGCGAUACCACGAGAGAGGAUCAACCGCAGAGUACUACCAAGAAAAGGUCUUCCGCUCGACCAUCUAAGACCAAGGGUUGCUGCGAACCCAACUCGCACAAGUGCCCGAAAUGCUCCCCAAAUUAUCGAGUGGAAAAGAAUUAUCGCAAUCAAAGCCAGUCGACUUUGAAUCAAUUUGAUAACUCACGAUCCCUACCCACUUCCGAAGACGCUGUACCUAGAUCUCUCUUGGCUUGGUAUUCAUCGAUUCGCAGUAGCCAGCAACAGUAUUCUCUUGAGAGGUUUCAUCUGGAGGAUGGAGCCUCAUGUAUCGUGGCUCUUGGGAGUGGUCAGUUGAAUAUCUCCCAACCACGCUGCUACUCGGCCAUGGCCAUGGUCGACAAUCUCUUUCCCUAA